GGGCUUGUUUGCUUUCCUGUGCAUCAUUUACUAGAAGAAAAGCCAGAAGCAGCGGUGAUGGCUGAUGGGCGCUGCUGAGCUGAGGUUCUGCAGUUGGGCUGGCGAGACCUGAACCCAGCCGGUGGGGGUGACACCCUCCUUUCGGAAGGAAUGAAGCACCUUCUCCAGUACCUGGGCUGCUGCUUCGCCUUCUUCUCUGCCGGCUUUCUGAUUGCUGCUACGUGGACAGACUGCUGGAUGGUGAACACGGACGACACCCUGGAGUUGAGCGCGACAUGCCGGGGUCUGUGGUGGGAGUGCGUCACCAACGCCUUUGACGGGAUAACGACCUGUGAUGAAUACGACUCCAUAUUGGCUGAGCACCCAGUGAAACUGAUCCUGACCCGGGCCAUGCUGAUCACGGCAGACCUCCUGGCCGGUUUCGGAUUCAUCUUCCUUCUCCUGGGCCUUGACUGUGUGAAGUUCCUAACGGAUGAGCCAGGCAUUAAAAACCGCAUCUGCUUCCUGUCUGGAUUAGCUCUGCUCGUGGGAGGGGUCCCGGGGCUCAUUGGCUCUGUCUGGUACGCCAUUGGGGUCUACGUGGAGCGCUCUACUCUGGUUUUGCACAAUGUCUUUGUGGGCAUCCAGUAUAAAUUCGGGUGGUCGUGCUGGCUUGGACUGAGCGGGUCUCUGGGAUGCUUCGUCUCCGGCUCAUUCUUGACAUGUUGCAUGUAUUUCUUCAGAGAUGUCGGCUUACGGAGGUACCUCUCCCCCAGCGCCUUGAGGAAAGCUUACUCUCCUCCUGACGUGACCAGCCUGGACCGUCCACCUUCCCAGACACCCACGGCCAAAAUGUAUGCGAUCGAUACCAGAGUGUGAGGCCGUGGAGGCGCCAAGGAUAAGACUGGAGCUGGGUUCCUCUUUCUUUGACCAGCGAUGGGGCUGGCCUGGAGGGAUUCAAUCUUGAAAGAUUCUGGCGGUGUUCGGAAAGGACAUUUACAGCAUCUUCUCAUCCUCAGUGCCUGUUUUGGGGAGGGUGGGGUGAUUGUUCAGAAGUAGGACUUCGAUCAAAGCAACAUGUAAAGUGGGAAAGAGGGUCCCUUGACUGCGGGCGCCUCUCUCUUGAAAGGUGAUGAUUUGAUUUCAAGAAAACCAGCGGGUCUCCGUGGCCUGUUUCGGAGGACAGAAACGGCCACAGAGAGGAAACGAUUUUGAUUUUUCAGAGGAAAAUGCUAUAAUCAGAGCUUCCCUUCUGGGCUGCUUCUUCUCCUGUUGUGGGUUUCUAUGUGGGUUUGUUGCUAGGAUAUCAUCCCACAAAUGAAAAAACCCAGAUACAUUUGCAUGUGGAGGAAGGGACAAACACACAACUCUUCCAAAUGCA